AUGAGGGUCUUUAUCUGCUUCGAGGGCUCCUGUGAGCCUGUUGAUGUCCCUUCAGAUCAGACUGUGGGGGCCAUGAAGCAGAUGGUGAAGGAUAACUUUCUGGUGCAACUCUCAGAUGACAAACAGCAGCAGUAUCUGGAGCUGAGCUACGGUGGUGCAGCGCUGCAGGACAGCUGGGCUCUGUGCGACGUGGGCAUCACAAGUGGCAGUGCCAUCCGAUGCCUGAUAAAGAGUGAACGAAGGCCUGCGAUGUGUGUGUUCAAUGCUGUGACAGGAGAAACCUUACCAAUCAUGGGAAGUGAGGCUUGUCUGCACAUGUCUGUUGCUAGAUUGAAAACUGUGGUUUCCAUGCAAAGUGGCCUCCCUGUCAGCACCUUCAGACUGAGCACACCUGCUGGUGUGCAGCUCUAUGACUGCAACCAACUCCAAGACUACGCCAUUGAAGAGGGCACUACUCUCCGUUUGGACACGUGGGAUGGGUGGGUGCAGUUCCUCCACGGUUGCCUCCUGGGCCACAGAUUGAUAGUCCAGAGCCACCUCUCAGAAGAGAAGCCAGUAAUGAGGUUUCAGCUGCAGGUAGCACUCUACAUUGCUGCCGCUUUAGGCCACCUGGAUCUGGCCUGCUGGCUGCUGGAGAGGGGGGUGCAUGCUGAGAAACCAGUGGGGGUCCAUCCGUACCGCCAGUGGUGCCACCAAACCUCCCACCGAGACACCGGAAAGUGUCCCACCCACACAGCUGCAGAGAACAGCCAGCUUCUCAUCCUCAAACUCUUCAUCAGCAGAAACCUUCUGACCUUGGCUUGUCUGGACCCCGGAGGUCGGGACCCUUUGAAAGUUGCUCUUCAGCAUGGUCACAGCGAUUGCGUGCGCUACUUAGCCAACAAGCUGUGCUCCGUAGUAUCCCUGUCAAACAUAUCCCUGCCCAUGUGCAUCUACCUCCAGAUAAAACGCUGGGUGUAUUUGGGGCAGAAGAGGGCAGCCUCCAAUCGAUGCCAGUACACCAGUGCUGCGUUCAAAGCCAGGGUGGGGGAUACGUUGCUGGUGGAUGGCUUCAACCAGCCAAAUAUGUCUUCCAAAUCCAUGAAAGCUGCGACCAAACCAAGCAGAGGAAUCAAGGCCAAAGCUUUGCAGCCGUUACCUCCCAUCCGCAACCUACCUUCAGUACCACACCUGCCCGGCCUGCAUACCUUCACAGAGAAGCCUUGGUUGAAGCAGUUGAGCAUAGCACGGACCCUGAUCAGGAAGCGUGUUCGCACCACGGCCUGCUACUCUCAUCCAGAUCUGUCUCUCACCAGCUCAACUGCUCAUGGAUCGCCCAUCGCCAUCGGCUGA